AAGCAACUAAAAAUGAAAGAACCACAAUAAAGACAAACAAGAUUUCAAUCUAAAGCAGAAUAAUGUGGAAUAUGUUAUUAUGCAAUAGAAUAAUAAGUAAACUGAAAUAGUUAUGUUCAGGGAUAAUUAGAUAGUUGCAAUCAUUCAUUUUGUUUAACAUGCAUUCAAAAAUGGUCAAAUGUAUUAUAAUCUCUUAAAUUUAGAUUGAAAAUACAUGUCCUCUAUGUAAAUAGAAGUUCACAUAGAUUGAAUAAAAAUGGAAAAGAGUAUUAUGUAUAUUUAAUUAGGUAUUUUAUAAAAGUCUUAAGAUAUCGAAGUAAAAAUGUAAAGAGAAUAAGUUAAAAUUUUUGUUAUAUUUAGAAUUUUUGUGAAAGACAAAACUUAAUCUCAAAAAGAG